AUGUUCAUCACCAAAGGCGGGCUGUCGGCAAUCGGCCGCCAUCUGAAGAAACAUCUGGACGGUGAUAAUCCAGAGGCCCCUAGCCCAAAAAGGCCCGUCAGCGACAAGGCUAGCCCGCGGCAGCUCCUGCAGAAAAGACCGCAGGAGAUUGACGAUAAAUGCCUGAACCUGAUACUGUCAGCUAAUCUGUCGUUCAACAUUGUGGAGAAUCACGAUUGGAAGGCGGCCGCAGCAUCGGAUCCCUAUCCCGAACUUGCCCUACUUGAUGCCGAGAAUCGAAUUCUGGUCCAGACGCUAACCGACCAGAUGGUCAAUGUCAAGCGUACCCAAGCUCGCCUCUUCGCCAACUUCAAGGUCAAGGACUCAAGCUCGCCUCCGUGCUGCUGCUCAAGGACCAAGUCGACUUCAGUGCAAGGACAAGCUCGCCUCUUCACCGUUUCUCAAUGCCGAAGCCGAUUUCAGUGCAAGGACAAGCCGUCUCUUCGCGACUUCUCCAAGGACAAUUCGCAAGUACGUUUCUCC